UAAACGAAAAGUUUGGAUUGAAUAAUUAAAAGACUUGUAUUAUUAAAGAAGCAAGCGGUUGGAUUGUUCUUAGAUUUAGAGAUAAAUAAAAGACAGUGGGUGAAAUAUGAAAAGGAAGCUUGAAGAAACCGACGACGGCUUUUUCGAGAAGCCGACGAAGAUGUUGCCGACUGUUCCCGGGAAUUAUAACUGUCGGGAAGUUGACUCACCGCCGGGACAAAUUGGACGGCCAGUAUUAGCAUCAACACCUCAAGGAGUUACGUUUGUCGGCACUAGAACUACAAUGCCGGGAAUUCCAGCAUCGACUUUACAAACAAACUCAGCGGCCGAAAACGAAUUACGUCACGUGAUCGACAACUUUGUUAACGUGUACGAGCAACUGGACAAGAACGAUGACCCGGAUGUUAAACCAAACUACAGUUACUCGGAGCUGGCAUACAUUGCCAUGCUUAGAUCACCCAACUUCUGCUUACCUAUAGGACAGAUAUACAGCUAUAUUCAAACUCGUUUCAAGUUCUUCAGGAAUUCUACACGAAAACACUGGAAGAAUGCCGUCAGACACAGCCUGGCAAAAACCAUGUGUUUCUCAAAGAUACCAGUUGGUCGUGGUGCGAGCAACAAAGAGAAGCUAGCAAGGUCUACUUACUUAUGGUGUAUCUUGCCCAACAGUAUUGCCUGCUUCGCAAGGGGAGACUACCGGGCCUCAAUAGAUCGUGAAACAGGAACAAAUACUCUACGAUCUGCAUAUUUCAGGAUGAAUUCGGAACCGUUCUGGAACGCUAUAGGAGACUACAUUUCAAACAAAAUGGCGCACUUCCGAAGAACUCUAGAGGAAUCGAUAACUCCAGGACAUAUAUUCGAGUCUCAAAUAUGUUCGUUUCCAUGGAAACAAGAAAACAGCCAUGAUGAAAACCAACAACCGAUGUUGAGGUACCAGGACGUGAAAAAUCAGCCACGAAUACCUGUGAGCAAACACCAAAGAAAUUGUGGACUAACAUCGAAUGCUUCGACCCCGGUAUACCUUGUCACCCAAGCAUCUGAGAUGGUACUUCCGCCUUCGCAAGCGCAAAUUUCACCUCCGUCUACGCAUGCGCAAAUUUCACAUCAUACGCAAAUGUAUCACAUGCAGACGAGAAGUUCUUCACCAGCUCUACAUGUGCGAAAAGAUCAGUCACCUAACGUUUCAACGUUUGAUCAUCGCAAUACAGCGCCAAAUUUUCGAGAUCCAUGGCUUCCGGGAAUGACUUCAUCUAGUCCAGAAUCCAGUUUUAUAUGUCCGGAUUUGGAUCGGGGGACGCCGCCUUACACGUCAUUUGAAUGUACCGACAGUGGAUAUGUUGAUUCUAGUGUGAAUGAUAACUCAGGCAAUUUCCUCAACAGCUGUGCAGAACAGAACUAUAAUAGAUAUUUGACGUCACCACCGGCAAAUGUCCCGUCACGUGACCAUCACUUCUCAGACAACAACGGCGAAUAUGAUUUCAAUCAGUUUGAUCUGUCACCUUUUUCUCUCAGUGACUUUUCAGACUUGAACGAAACCAACGCACAUCCAGGAUUUACCUCGGACAAAAUACGCAGACGAUCUUUAAUGUCUCCGCCUUCACAUCCUAUAGGACAACCCAUGUUUAUUUCCACUCCUUUGGCUAACCAGACAAAGUCAUCUGCCUUUGAAUGUGUGCGGCGACCUUUGCUUAACCAGGUUUCUCCGCCAACUCAGUGCAGGUAUAUGUACCAGCCAGGGCCCCAGGCCCAGUCACAUGAACACAGAAGUACACCGACUCCACCGAUAAUGUAUGUUAAUGAAGACGGAAUGUUUUCAACGCCCCUAAUACCACACUGGGCAUCGUACUGUUAAAGGACACGCAUUAAUGAACCGGUAGCUUUGUUUAACCAAUAUGUUUUUUUUUCUUGAAAUUUAAGUGUUCUUUUUUUCUAAAUUAACUAAAACUAUAGAGGACAAAUCUGAAAAUAAGGUUUUUUUUUCGUUCUCCUUUUAUUUAAUGUCAGACCUUCCUAGAGAAAUCCUUGCAUUGUUAUUUUUCUUUCGUUUAUUGUAAGGAUUUCAAAACUAGGAAACUUUGGCAUUUCAUCAGGUUUAUCGUGAUAUUUUUCUCUUGUAUUUCGUUUCGACAAGGGAAAAUGUGUUCUUGUUCUCCAAUACUGAGGAUAAACAGAAAUCUUUUUUGGUCUUGCAAAUUGUUUUUUUUUUCUGAAAAAAAAAGACGAUAAUUUCAAAAUCACAGCUAGUCAAUCAACAUAAACGCUAAGACACUUUAGAACGUGAAUAUUAAAAAGCCAGUUGUCGGUUUUCUUGCAUUUAUCUUGCAUUUCAUUUCGGCAAGGUUGAAAGGAACACAUCUGACAUCCAAAUACUAUAUCAUAUUUUUUUUCAACGUAUCAUUUACCAGCAACGCGUAUUUUGAAGAAAAAAAAAGCAUAUUGAUUAAACAAAAGCUACUCCUACCGAAUGUUUUAAUGACUUGAUUUUAAUGUUGCCGAAUAUUUUUAAGUUUUACCUUCUUUUAUUAAGACAUUUGUUUUUUAUUGUUAAUGAUUUUAUUAAGUUUUUAAAACCUCACAAACUAGUGCUAUGAUUUGUGUGAUUUGUAAAAUAGCUAUAUUAUAAAAUGUAAUUUUAAACGUGUGAAUAUUUUAUCAUUAAUUUUGUGUGAAUAUUUUAAGUGUGAUGUUUUUAUGUACAAUAUAAAUAAAGCGUCUGUGGACAGCGCAGUUUUAAUUGAUAAUUAGAUUAUUGAGAUAUGUAUAAUAAAGUUUGUAUAUUGCUUAAAAAUGUAAAGUAUGAUUCACAUGUCAAUAAAUGUAUAUGUAUCAA